UAAAUCUUAACUCAACUUCUCAACAGCCAAAUCCUUUGCUGCAAAACUUGCCUCAAAUCUCAACUCAAGUCCAACUCCUUUGCAAAGAAUCAAAACAUGGCUUUGGUUGGAGAGGCUUUUCUCUCUGGUUCCGUGCAGGUGCUGUGCGAGAAGAUUGGUUCUCGUGAGUUCAGGGAUUUGUUCCGGGGAAAGAAACUGGACGAGUCGCUUGUAAAGAAACUGAAGAUAACGCUAUUGAGCCUCAAUGCAGUGCUUAAUGACGCGGAGGAGAAGCAGUUCACGAACACUUACGUCAAAGAGUGGCUUGAUGAGCUUCAAGAUGCUGUCUUUGAUGCGGAUGACCUUCUGGAUGAGAUAAAUGCUGAAGUUCUGCGAUGCAAGGUAGAAGCUGAAUAUCGAACCGUCAAAACUCAGGUGUGGAACUUCCUCUCUACUUCUCUUAAUCCAUUUUAUCAAGGUAUGAAUGGUAGGAUUCAAGAGUUGUUUGAUAGAUUAGAACACCUUGCAAAACAAAAGGAUGUGCUUGGCCUGAGAGAAGGUGUUGUUGGGGGGAAGAUUUCUCAAAGAACUCCAACAACUUCCUUGGUGGAUGAAUCUUGUGUGUACGGUAGGGAUGGAGAUAAAGAAAAGCUGAUGACCCUCUUGUUAUCUGAUGAAGCAAGCAACAAGGAUGUAUCUGUCAUCACCAUAGUGGGAAUGGGCGGGGUUGGCAAGACAACCCUCGCUCAGCUCCUUUAUAAUGAUGACAAAGUGAAAGAGCAUUUUAAUCUUAGAACUUGGGCUUAUGUUUCGGAAGAUUUCGAUGUUACUAGGGUAACUAAAACCCUACUUGAGUCAGUCAGUUCAAAAGCUUAUGAUAAUAAAGACCUGAGUUUUCUUCAAGUUGAGCUAGGACAACAAAUAAAGGGCAAGAAAUUUUUAUUUGUGUUGGAUGACCUUUGGAAUGAGAACUAUGGUGAUUUGAGUCUCCUACAACGUCCUUUUGCAUCAGGAGCAAGGGGAAGUAGGGUCAUUGUGACAACACGGAACAAAAGUGUUGCAUCUCUCAUGCGCACCGUUCCAAUUCACUUUUUGGAACAGAUGUCCGAUGAGGAUUGUUGGUUGUUACUUUCAAAACAUGCCUUUGAAAAUGGAAACUCGAGUGCACGUCUAGAUCUGGAAGAAGUUGGUAAGAAAAUUGCUAUUAAGUGCAAUGGUUUACCUUUAGCUGCAGAAACACUUGGAGGCCUCUUGCGUUUCAACACAAAUUAUGAGGAAUGGAAUAGCAUACUAAAUAGCAAUAUUUGGGAGCUGCCUCCUGAAAAAUGUAAUACAAUUCCAGCUCUAAGAUUGAGUUACCAUUAUCUCCCAACUCAUUUAAAACGAUGUUUUGCUUAUUGCUCAAUUUUUCCGAAGGGCCAUAAAUUCCAAAAGGAAGAUAUAGUUCUACUAUGGGUGGCAGAAAGUUUAAUUCCACAAGCUGAGAGUGAGAAAAGAAUGGAAGAGCUCACUAAGAAAUAUUUUGAUGACUUAUUGUCACGAUCAUUUUUUCAAAGAUCAAGAAAUGGGAAAUCACAUUUCACAAUGCAUGAUCUCAUUAAUGACUUAGCUAUGUCUGUGUCAAAGGAAUCCUGUUUGAGAUGGGAAGGGGGCGAAUCACAUGAAGUUUUGAAAAGAGUUCGGCAUUUGUCGUAUGCUAGAGGGCAAUUUGAUUGUGCUGUGAAAUUUGAGCCAUUAUAUGAGGUUAAGCAUUUGCGAACCUUCCUACCUCUUAGAAGAGAAUGGCAUGAAAAUUAUGUAAGUAAAAGGGUUUUACAUGAGUUAUUGCCCAAAUUAACAUGUUUACGAGUGCUAACAUUGUCAACAUAUGGUAAUAUUGUUGAGUUACCUAAUUCUAUUGGUUGUUGGUCUCUUUUUGAAUUGCCUACAGACAUGAGAAAAUUGAUUAACUUGAGGCAUCUUGAUUGUAGUGGAACUCAAAUUGAAGAGAUGCCGGUGAAAAUGAGUAGACUAAAAAGUUUGAGAACAUUGACUACUUUUGUUGUGGGUAAAUCUACUGGAUCGACUAUUGGCGAAUUGGGGGAGUUGGAUGCCUUGCAAGCUAAUUUGAAGAACAAACAAGAUCUCAAGGAUUUAGAGUUGGCAUGGGGCUCCAAAGAUGCCGAUCAUUCCGAAAAGAUGAGAGAUGUACUUGACAAGCUCCAACCUGGCAUGAAUUUGGAGAAAUUGACAAUCAAACAUUAUGGUGGGACCUGCUUCCCAAACUGGUUGGGAGACUCUGCCCUCAAUAAAAUAAAAGUUUUGCGCCUCGAAGGUUGUCGUUAUUGUUUCGAGUUGCCACCGCUUGGACAGCUACCUUCUCUUAAGGAGCUCAACAUAUGUAGGAUGGAAUUUCUUAGGACGUUAGGUCCUGAGUUCUAUGGUCAGCCAUUUCAGCCAUUUCAAUCGCUGGAGAUGAUGGAGUUUAGGGAGAUGGCAGAGUGGGAGGAAUGGGUACCAAGUGGAAGUGAAGGUCCAAACUUUCCUCGUCUGCGGAGGUUGAUUCUAAGUAGGUGUCCAAAGCUGAGAGGAAGCUUGCCUUGUGAUCUGCCUUGCUUGAAGGAGCUUAGCGUGAAAGGGUGUGGGGUUUUACAUGAUCAAAGGGCCACUGCUACCACUAGUACUAGUACUAGUCUCAACUACAAUUCUCUUGAAGAAUUGGAAAUAGAAGAUGGAUGCCAAACAGGACUGUUAUCAUUACUAGAGACAAAGCUCCUGUCCCGACUUUAUGUUAGACGUUUUAAUGACAUACAGUGCUUGCCCAACAUCAAUCGUCUUCAAAGUUUGAGUCUCUGGCGUUGUCCAAGGCUAUUGUCGUUCCCUGAAGAUGGCCUACCCACUUCGUUGACCUCACUUGAGAUUAACAGUUGUAGGAGAUUAGAAUUCCUACCUCAUGAGAUGUUGGCCCAAUUAACAGCGCUCGACUCUUUGACGCUAUGGAAUAGCUGUGAUUCAAUGAGGUCCUUCCCCUUGGGCAUUUUUCCCAAAUUGACGACACUUGAUAUUCGCAAUUGUGAGAAUCUGGAAUCGCUUUGCUUGAUUGAAGAAGAAGGAGCGGUCGAGAAUCUCAGUCAUCUCAAUAAUUUAAAUAUUGAAGGCUGUCCAAAUUUGGUGUGUUUUCCCCAGGGAGGAUUGCCCACUCCCAACCUGACUCAAUUGUGUUUCAGCAGAUGCGAGAAGUUGAAGUCAUUACCUGAACGCAUUCACACCCUCACAGCCCUAAGAUUAUUAGAUAUAAGGGAUCUUCCAAAUCUGGAAUCAAUUGCAGAUGAUGGGGGUUUGCCUCCCAACCUCCGAUAUUUUACAAUUGAGAAUUGUGAGAGACUGAGGGCUUCAUCUUCAUCAGUGGGAGACUACUGUAACUGGGGUUUGCAAGCACUAGUCGCCCUUAAAUUCCUUAAAAUUGGUGGCAGGGGAAGUGAUGAAAUCUUGGAGACGUUGCUCAGGCAACAACUGCUCCCUACCACUCUUCAGAGUCUCCACAUCAAGGAACUUUCGACUCUGAAAUCUUUGGAUGGAAGGGGACUUGCACACCUUACUUUUCUUCGAAGUCUAUCUAUUGGUAGGUGUGACAGUCUGGAAUUCCUGCCAGGAGAGGCACUUCAACACCUCACUUCUCUUCAAGAGCUAUAUAUUUCCAAUUGUCCGAGUCUCCAAUUCCUGCCAGAAGAGGGUAUGCCGCCAUCUCUUUCUUAUCUGCAUAUCUACAAAUGCUCUGGCCUAGAGAAAAUGUAUCAGAAUAAGACGAGACAAGAUCAUUGGGCCAGCAUAUCUCACAUUCCAUGCAUCCGGAUAAAUGAUGAAGUGAUCAUAUGA